GUCAAGACGUAAAAAAUCGCAUAACUCCAUCAAAAGAUGAAACUAUAACUUUAAUAAUUAUUGGUGUUUACAUACUUGUGAUAUUAAUUCUUUGGAGAAUGCCGUUCUUAAAUAUUAUUUUAUAUCCUUUCAAGUUAUUGACAGUUGGUUUACAUGAAUGGUCGCAUGCUGCUGCUGGAUGCUGUACUGGGGCAAAGAUCGAAGGGAUUAAGAUUGAUCCUGACGAAGGUGGCGUUACUCAAAUGGCUGCAUCAGUCGUUCUUGGUGUAUUACUAAUUAUCCUCUUAUUUUGGGCCAAGAAUUGGUUAACUAGAGGUAUUACUGUUCUUUUCGUACUAAUUAUUGUUGGUUUAUGGCUUAUUGAGAAAG